AUGUUUGCGGACUUCCGCCACAACUCGCACCGCACAAUCGACUUGUCUGGCUCGUCGCGUCCCUCCUUCGUUCGCGGGCGCCAGAGCGGACUCUCCACCGGGGCGGGGGCUGUCAGUCGCUCCUCGCUCCUCGAGUUUCAGCGGCGCGAGAGGCAGCUGCGCGAGCAGCACCGGAAGUCUGUGGACGCCUCUUCGAAGAUCCAGAAAUGCUGGAAAGCAGCCUUCGCGCGGAGACGCGCCAAGGCGGAAAGCCGACGCGCUUUUGACGCGACGGUGGCUGCGCUGUACCGUGGCGAAGCUGCAGGAAGCGACGCACAGACAGCCGAGGAGAGCUCGGCGGCGAGCGGACAGACGGGAGGCCGAGAGGCAAGACGUGCGGGGCCGGGGGGCUGCCCGCGUUGCCGCGCGGAAAUUCGUCGAGCGCUCCCGGUGCUCAUUCGCAACUUGGCCUUUUUCUUCGACCCUGAGGACGACGGCAGCCGGAAGAUCUCGCAGGCGUGUCUUCGGGGGGCCGAAGAAAAAGAGGCGAGCGCGGGCGCCUGCGGGAGCGAUGCCGACCAGGGGCGCCCCGAGACGGCUGUUGUACGUACACGCGAGGAGACCCGCGCUCAUGCGCCGGUCCACGGGGGGGAGGAAGGCGCCGACUUGGCAGAAGGUACCCUUUUUCAUUUUCGUGGAGCGCCGGGCUGCGCAGACGAUGUGUCGCGCCUCGGACUUGUAUGUGAGUGGCUCCGCGAGCUCGGGAAGCACCACGAAAGCGGAGGGGGGUCUUGCGGCGAAGGCAAGGAGCGGUGGGGCCACGAUCCCACAGCUCUCGCGAAAAAUGGCUCUCUGGCGGCGACGGAAGUGGAGCCUUCGUGUCUCUUCUGUCUGGCGGUUUCACAGCCGAGCAGACGUGAAAAUGGCGUCUCUUCCGCUCCCGCUCCUCUUGCUUUGUCCACCCCCUGUGCAGCUGUGGCUCUGCCUCCGGCCGACGCCCCAGCGGGACGGCCUUCUGACCCGCCAGGACCGUCCUCGUGGGGCCUCCAGGGCGGGGCGCCGCCCUGUGUGCGCGUGUCGCCUCGUCUCACCGCGCUCACGCUGCUGCGUCUCGUGCUGCAGUGCGUCGCCCUGCGCUACCGCGCGACGCUCUUUGAGAGCGCGCCUGCGUCGCUGCUCCCGCCCUUGCGCUUCCGUGGUGGGUCAGACGCGCCGGCGCGAAUCGGCUCCUCCUCAGGCGCGUUUGCCUGGACGCAGUUGCGGCCGGCGCUCGGCUGGCGCGGGAGCGUCCUCAGCUCGUCGCUCUCGGCGCUCGCGCGGGCGCAAGCGGCCCCCGCGGGGUCGGAGCGGCAGGCGGCGGAGGGCGAGCGGGCCGAGCCUGCGCGUUUCACGGCCCUGGGCUCGGAGGCUCCGAAGCAGCCGGAGGGCGACCGCAGCCCCUUCUCCAGGGCGGGGGAGCUCGCACAGGGCGGGCUCCGACAGGCAGAAGGCCUUUCAGAGGCGAGAGGUGGAGACGCGGGCGCCCGCGGCGCGCCCGCGUUGACCCCGGCGCCGUUUCUGCUCCUGCCGCCUGAGCGGAGCCUCGCCGAGAGACAGUAUCUUCAAAGCGAGCGAGAAGUGAACAGCCACGAGGCAGGGCUCUGGGUGCAGAUAGCGCGCGACGUCCUGUUAGCCCUCUCUGCGGCUCCCUUGGCCGCAGGGGCCUCCCUUGCCGGCGGCGCUUCUGCAGGAGACGCAGACGCCGCUCGGACGGAUGCCUCGGAUGCCGCUGGCUCAGAACCGGAGGCCGUCGCCUCCAGAUCCUGUGCGCCCGCGCGCGCUUGCCACGGCGAAGAGGCGCUAGCCGACCUCGUAAAGAACUGGCGCCGCGCGGGGAGGCACGGGAUGAUGGCCCUGCUCGCGGACGCGCUGGUCGGCGCUCUUCUCGCUUCCGGCAUCGCGUCCGCUGGCGAAGAAGGAAGCGCAAGGCAACAAUUCGAAGCCGUGGAGCGCGCCGAGAGGCAGACGGCACGCGUCGUCGAGACCUGCCUGCGCGCGUGCGACCCAAACGAUGUCGGCGGCGAAGUCGAGUUCCUGGUUCACCUCCUCGGGGCGCCGUGUCUCCUUCCGGUCCCUUCGGGCGCGGGGGCCGCGGAGGCGGGCCCGUGGCGCCGGCGCGUGGGCCUCCUGUCGCGCCUGGUGGAGGGGCGAUUGGCGUCAGUGCCAGGGACGAGUGCCCUGCAGGCGAAUCUCGUGGCGAUGCAGGUGCAAGGCGUCGCUGCGAAGCUUCGAAAGGCGGAGGGUGCCGAGGGAGCAAAGUUUCCAGCGAGGCUGCUGGUCGCCACGGGCGCGAGGGCCCUUCUCGCGAGUCCGCAGGCCGCGCCCCCACAGGAGGCGGUGCGACUCCGCAACGGGCCGCAGCGGCGCGAGGCUGAGACGCAGUUGCGGGAGUUGAUGACGAAGGAAGUUUUUCCACGAGACGCCGCGGGUCUGAACCCCGGCGCGCGCGCGGGCGGUGGCUCAGAGAGCCGAGUGGAUGCACAGGACGGCCGCCAGAGCGACCUGCAGCACGCAGAAACAAAAGCGCCUCAUGGAGGGAGUCCCCCCCUCGCACUGUGGCUCGUCGGGAACGCCCUCGCCCUCCUCUACGGGCAGCUUCGCGCUGCCGAGUUGGACCAAGACGCCAGUGCGCCGCGGGGCGUGGAGAAGCCGGUGGCUGCGCAGAGGGCGCUGCUGUGCCUUCUCUGCUGGGGGGGCAGUUUCGUGCAUGACGCACUCCUUCGGCAGAGCGUGUUGAGCUCCGAGGAGCAACACGCGGCGAGCUUGAGCGCCAGCGGAAGGGAGCUGCGCGCGCAGCUGCGGCUUCUGAUGGCCGCGGGCGUCCUCCGCGCCCUCUUCGCCUGCGCGGACCAGGACCCCUCGAACAGAUUUCCUCCGCUCCUGCGCCUUUUCUUCCCGCCGUCGCUGUGUGCGGAGUCGCGCCCGGCGGAGGACACGGAGGCCGACAGAGUCGAUGGAGAAGCCGCAGAUCUCUCAGAAAGCGACGAGGAUUUGUCCGACGGCGCAGAGGCCGUCAUGGCGGAUGUCGACGCCCAGGGCGCCGAGGCGCCGACGUCUGCCCCCUCGCUCGGAAUGGAUCGCCUCAUCCUGAAUGCCCUCGCGAUGAACACGUCGCUCUCCGCGCACCUGCUCCCGGUCAUCCGACUCGUGCUGGACGAAGAGUGCAGAGGCGACGUGGAUGAAUUCCUUCGGCAGCUGGGCCCCGCGCCGCUCUUCGACUCACCGCUGGGUCAGGUGCUGCGCGCAGCCUGCACGCUGCUGCAGUAUCAACUCGAGCUCAUGUACGACUCCGAGCUUGUGGAUUCCGCGCGGAUGUCGUCGCUUUCGGGUUUUUUCCCCGCGCCCGAUCCUGCGGCGUCUUCGGCCUCGAGUGCCUCCUUGUUUUGUUCUUCUUCUUCAGCGCCGCUGCUCACGGUGCCCGACAUCCAGUGGCUGUCGCUGACACUCAACAAAGUCGCGUGGAAGCUGCUUCAGGCCUGCUACGCACCGCCGCCCGCGGUGUCGCUCUCGGCGCUCCGCUCGCCCCCCGCGACCGCGAGCGCCUGGGCGCGUCUCUCGCCAGGAGCCCUGGCGAUCCUCGGGGGCGGGACGGCGGGGGCGUCGCGGCGGGUGCCCGCGGCGGGGCGGGGGUCGGCGCUGCGGCCCGUGCUCACGACUCUCGUGCGGCAGCUCUUUGAUCGCAACAGUCGUCUGCAUUUCCUGCCUGAGACGUCGUGGAUUCUCCCGGAGACAAUGAGUCUGCUCAAGAGCAAGGCGCUGCUGCAUCAGCAGGAGCGCCUCGCCCAGCUGGACGCGCCCUUCCUCGCGGCCGCCGCCGCGACCGAAGGCCUCGAACGCGUCGCGAACUCCGGCGUGAAGCACGCCGAAAAAAUUCUCGGCGCCCUCCUCACUGAGCUUCCUCACACGCUGACCUUCGAAGACCGGGUGCUGGUUUUUUAUGAUAAAAUCAACGCAGAUCGCCUGCAGUACCGCGACGUCGCGCACCAGCUGCCGUUCGACCCCAGUCUCCACACCAUCCGCCGAGACUACAUAGUCGAAGACGGGCUCUUUGCGCUUGGAUACGCCGACGUCCACGACUUGAAGGGCUUCUUUCGAAUUCAGUUCAUCACCGACGAGGGCGUUCCUGAGGAGGGAAUCGACGGCGGCGGCCUCUUCAAAGAGUUCCUCGUGCUGCUGUCGCGCAAGGUCUUCGACCCCAACUACGGGCUCUUCAAGUCAUCUUCCGAUAACUCGCUGUACCCCAACCCGAGUGCGCGCCUCGUUCAUCAAAAUCCUUCCAUGCUUUACACUGCGCUCGGCAAGGUCGUUGGCAAGGCUUUGUAUGAGAAGAUCUUGAUUGAGCCGCAGCUGAAUCGCGUCUUUCUGAAUCUGCUUCUGGGGCGACCGAAUCAAGUCGACGACGUUCAGGCGCUGGACCCCGUGGUGCAUCGCAACCUGCUUUUCUUGAAGCAUUACUCCGACAACGUGCAGAACUUGGCGCUGACCUUCAGCGUCACGCUCGGUGAUUUCGGCAGCAACGAGGAAGAAGACUUAAUCCCCAACGGCAGGAACAUCUCCGUCACAAACGACUCAAAGCUGAGGUAUAUUCAAGCCGUCGCGCACUACAAAUGCACGAAGCAGAUCGCGAAGCAGACGCAGGCGUUUUUGCACGGACUCGCGCAAGUGAUUCCGCUCAAGUGGCUGCAGAUGUUCAGCCCCGCCGAGCUGCAGCUCCUCAUAUCGGGAAGUCCACGAGGUUUUGACGUCGCGGACUUACGUGAGUACGCGCAGUUUACCGGCGGCUUCGAGGCCUCUUCACCUACGAUUCGCUGGCUAUGGGAGAUUCUGGAGGACAUGACGAGCGAGGAGCGGUCCAAGUUUUUGAUGUUUGUGACGUCCUGUUCGCGGCCGCCGCUGCUGGGAUUUCGGAAUCUCCAUCCCUCCUUCACGGUGCACAGAGUGCCCGAGACGCAUCGGCUUCCCACUACCAGCACGUGCGUGAAUCUGCUCAAGCUGCCGCCGUAUGAAUCCAAAAAGGUCCUCCGCGAACGCCUCCUGGAAGCGGUGGAAGGCACGCAGGGAUUCGGGCUGUCGUAA